AGGUGCGCGCGAGCGCGCGCGCACACAAACACACACAGAUACACACAAGCGCGCGCAAGGCAAAGGGGGAGGAGCCGCGCUGCUCUGCAGCCCCUCCGAGGCUGCUGCUGGUGCACAGCCCCCAGAGCUACAGUCAGAGCUCGAGACAGACGCAGACUCUAUCUCCCGCCCCAUUGCUUGAUCCCAGCUGCAAAACAGCGGCGGCGGCGGCGGCUGGCCCCCUCCCCUCCCCUGCGCUGCUGCUGCUGCCGCCGCCGCAGCAGCAACUCGGGUGGUUUAUCCCUCCUCGCAGCAGCGGGACUGGAGGUAGUGGUGGUGAGGAGGUUCUCCUCGCACGGACCACAGAUUUCCCUCCGCAUAUAUACACACAUUCCUUGGAUGUGAAUCGUGUGUGCUUCGUGGGUCCACCUCCUGAAAGUCCCUAGCUCUGCUCCCGGAGAAGAGAAGCCGGUGCUACAGCCUUGAGGACACUCGCUAGCUGUAGAGGAAAGGAGCGGAGCCCGAGCAAUAGCGGCUAGAGGAGGAGGAGGAGGAGGAAGAAGAGUGCUGAGCUGCCCCAGUCCUAGCCGUCGCCACCACCCGGGCAAAGGAGCUUUGCAGCAGCCUGGGCUCCCCGGAGCCGCCUGAGUCCCCGGUGCCCUGCUGCUGCCCUACACAGCUUCACUGGGCUCCACUCUGCAGCCAACGGGGGCGUUGCAGUUGCAAAACUGUGCCUGUAGCUACUCCCAAAAUACCCCGGCCUGUUCUCUAGCCACACUGAAGACUGCCUCAUUUUCAUUUCAAAUUCUUGAGUCUGAUGAUGUGAGCUGACCCCAGAUGCUCUGCCUUGUCAUAAUUUUGGUGGCUGUAGAUAUGACCUGAAAACUAGAUGACUGGGUUUAAAGCUCCUGCAUGAUUGGCUGGCUGCACCAUGGAACUCAAAGUAUGGGUGGAUGGAGUCCAGAGGAUCGUUUGUGGGGUCACUGAAGUCACAACUUGCCAAGAGGUUGUAAUAGCCUUAGCUCAAGCAAUAGGUCGAACCGGAAGAUAUACACUAAUAGAAAAAUGGAGAGAUACAGAGAGGCACUUAGCACCUCAUGAAAAUCCAAUCAUUUCAUUAAACAAAUGGGGACAAUAUGCCAGUGAUGUACAAUUAAUAUUACGUCGUACAGGGCCAUCUCUCAGUGAGAGGCCAACUUCAGACAGUGUUGCCCGAAUACCUGAGAGAACUUUAUACAGACAAAGCUUGCCCCCCUUGGCAAAACUGAGGCCUCAGAAUGACAAAUCAAUAAAAAGACGAGAGCCAAAAAGGAAAUCUUUGACAUUUACAGGAGGUGCCAAAGGACUUAUGGACAUUUUUGGGAAAGGGAAAGAAACUGAAUUUAAGCAAAAAGUUCUCAGUAACUGUAAGACAACAGCAGAUGAAUUGAAAAAGUUGAUCCGCCUUCAGACAGAGAAGCUUCAAUCCAUUGAGAAGCAGCUUGAGUCCAAUGAUGUGGAAAUUAGGUACUGGGAGCAAAAAUACAAUUCUAACCUGGAAGAGGAAAUUGUUCGUCUUGAGCAGAAGAUCAAAAGAAAUGAUGUAGAAAUUGAAGAGGAAGAAUUUUGGGAAAAUGAAUUACAGAUUGAACAAGAAAAUGAGAAACAGCUGAAGGAUCAACUUCAAGAGAUAAGACAGAGGAUCCUAGAAUGUGAAGGCAAAUUAAAGGACUAUUUGGCUCAAAUACACAGUAUGGAAAGUGGUCUGGAGGCAGAAAAAUUACACCGGGAAGUACAAGAGUCACAGGUCAAUGAAGAAGAAGUGAAAGGAAAGAUUGGUAAGGUCAAAGGAGAAAUUGAUAUUCAGGGACAACAGAGUCUGAGGUUGGAAAAUGGCAUUAAAGCUGUAGAAAGAUCUCUAGGACAAGCCACCAAAAGGUUACAGGACAAAGAACAGGAACUAGAACAGUUGACUAAAGAACUUCGGCAAGUCAAUCUUCAACAAUUUAUACAACAGACAGGAACAAAGGUUACAGUUCUUCCAGCAGAGCCUAUCGAAGUGGAAGCCUCACAUGCAGACCUAGAACGGGAGACAGCAUUCCAGUCCGGGUCCUUGAAACGGCCUGGUUCAUCUCGGCAGCUCCCCAGUAACCUUCGGAUUCUUCAGAAUCCAAUUUCAUCUGGCUUUAAUCCUGAAGGCAUAUAUGUAUAAUAAUACUCACCAGUUUGGGAAAGGACCAGUAAAGGUACCAAGGGACUGUACCAUUUUCUUCUCUUGGAAUAGUGCCAAUGACGUGGGGAGGAAGUACUUCAUAAGCCACCAUAUCUUUUCUUUUCUCCCUAUCUUGCAAACACCUGGAGCCAUACCCAGUGCACUGAUGCAGAUGAACAAAGGAAUUGUGUUUUGAAUAUCAGCAGUGUUGAAGUUUCUUUCCAGCAGUUGUAAUGCAAAGCUGUCAUUUUUAUUUGUAGUAUUUUAAAAAGCAUUAGGAAAAGUAUUACUCUGUGUUUAUACCUAAAUAAAACAGUGACUGAAAAGAAUGGAGGAAAAAAUGUGACUGACUUAAAAGUUUAAUUUAUUCCAUUGAAUUGAUGGAUGUGUGAAUGUUAAUGUUUUAAUAUUUUUUUUUGCCGUUGCUUAACUUGUGACUGAUUACUUAAAAUAUUGUAUGAACCUGAAUGUGUAUGUACAUUUCCAGACUUCAUACCUUUACUCACAAUGACAGAAAUGUUGUGGGGUGCUCUGUCUUUUACAUUACUGCUAAAAGAACCACUUUCUAUGUGUUGUGUGGUUGGUCUCAUCCUUUGCUUUAGAAUUGGGGGGAAUAAUAUGGUAUUAGCUUGGUCAAUUCAUUUUUUUUUUAAUCUGGAGAGUUUAGCCUUCUUUGAGGAUUUUCCAGCACAUGAAGGAGAAUGCACUAGAUAGAAGUAUUUUUAUUAUAUAGAGUGUAUAUUUGUAAGUUUCUGCCAUAUUUCAAACCCUAUUGGACAAAAAAGGUGAUUAUUGAAUAUCUUACCAAAUAGAUUUGAGACUUUAUGUAGGUUAUUUUUGUCAGCCUUUUUUAUUUGCUCUUAUAUUAAUCCUUAGGAUUUAUAAAAUACAAUCACAGAUAAAGAUCAUCUCUUUAAUGAAUGUGACUUUAAAUGAUGCCUCCUUUUAAAAAUCCACUUCUUAUGUAGGGUCUACUGAAAUAGAUACUAUGAAUGUUAUUCCCUGGAUAUUGUUGAUAACAUAGACGCUGGGUCACUGUGCCUUCAUAAUAAUUUAGGCAAAGAGAAAGGAAGAGCUGUGGGGGUCAAUACAUCCUACUAAGGGAAGAAAACUGAUAUGAAUUCAGCCCAUUUUUAAAAAUUUUUUAAAGUAUUACUGACAGGACAUCAUGCUUCAAUUUAUAUGUUCCACUUAAUAAAAAGCAAAAAUUGUGUAGCUUCCCCCAUAUACAAAAUAAAUGGCUGCCUAAAAUCCACAACUAAUACCCUAAUGUAUGUUACUUAUUAGCACUUUUACAUUCCCUAUGACCAAAAUCCAGCAUUUCAUAGAGCUUUAAUGUAAAAAAAGAAUGAAUUUUUUUUAAUCUGGAAAAUAUGCACUCUACUCCAUUUCCUCUAGAACAGAAACUUGUUUCAAUGUUUUUAAAACAGUUAACAGAAGCAAAUUUCAGCCUAUUCAUAAAGGGAAGUUUGGAUGUUUUGUUUUAAAAUAUUUUAAUUUUCUUUGAUAUAAUGAACACAUGACAAUUAAAGUUUCCUAAGAGAAAGUUUAAAAGGCCAUGCAUAUACAUAGGUUGAUUCUUUCCAGGGAAGUUAAAUAAUUGAAGCAAAGUUAUUUUCAAUGAUCCAGAUAAAUUGGAAAGUGUCAAUUAAAUAUUCUCCUUAGCUUCUACCUCUCCAAAAUGAAUCAAAAUGCUUGUAUCUGUUAUUUGCCACUGUUACAGAAAAUAAUUCGUUCAUAUCACUUAAUAUUUUGUGAGUAACCUGUACCUUGUUUGGGCGUUCACAAUUUUGCUCUCAGUUUACACGAUUCUUUUCAUUCGGAAACUUUUUUUUUCUUUUUCAUUAGAAAAUUGGGGGUAUUUUAAAAGUCAUCAUUUGAGAACUAUAUUUCAACAAAAAUAUUGGAAAAUGUACACCCAAAUAUAUGCCUUACAACUUUUUAUUUAGAGACCUCUUAUUCACAAGGAAAAGUCUUCAUGAUUAUUAACUGUUAUGCUUGAAUUACAAAAUGCAAUUUGAAAACAUUCUGAGUACAGUUAAAGAAUACGUAGAAAUUGUUUUAAGAAUCACAAAGAAGGGAAACUUUAUGUGGCAUAAAAUCAUGCAUUAGAUAAUCUGGAAAAUUUUGGAUCCCAAGACAAAUAUUUAAUCUGCCUUGAAUAAAAAUGCCCGUCUUUGGCUCUAUUGGAAAAAAAAAAGCUUACAAAUUUGAAUAGCGUAGAUUAUAAAAUUUAUGUUUACAUGCUUUUAUAUUAUCUGGCUAUUUAAUAUUAUACAACACUUUAAUACUACAGAUUGCCUUCAAAAUUGUGUUUUAAGAUUUUUUUCUACUAAAGACUUAAGUUGAAAAAGUAUUGACAGACUUGCCUUUGAGUGCCCUUUAUUCAAAGAAAAUUGCCAAUACAUGUGCCUAAGUGGUUCUGUUGUGUUUAUAAGAGAUUUUAGUUCACCAGCAUCUCCUUUUCCUUUCAAUCCACAGGGGACAUAUGUGUAAUUUCAGUUAGCAUUAAUAGAAGUUGCACAUACAAAUCCCUUGUUCAUCAGUACUAAUAACAAAUAGGUCAUAUGAGUCAUUCUUUAAAGUGGAAAAAGACUAACAAAAGGAAUAAUGAUUUGGUGGAGUGAAAUUAGAAAUGUGUUUAAAGAGGAACAAAAAUUGGGACCAUUUCACAGCUAAAUAUGGUACCUGCUUUAAAAGGUAAUUUUCUUUGUGAAUAAGAACAAAUGGUCUUUAGAUAAAAUGAUGUGAACAUCAUUCCAGGUUUAGAAUUAUGAUCGAUCUGAAAUAAUCUAAAUUGUUUUUUAUUUCAGAGGGUGCAGAGGAAGUGGGACGAUGGACAAAUUUCUAGUGUUCCUUACCUUUACAUAAUUGGGCCUUAAUUACCUAUGUAAAUAAAAUGAUUUUCAUAUUCCCCCCCAAUUUGUUUAUGAUAGCCUAUAUUGUAUUAAAAUAGCAAGGAAGUGUUACUUUUAUAUUAUAUCCAUUAAAAUAAAAAGAAACAUUGCAUGUUUAUACUAUUUGCUACAGUAUUUUAACAUUUUGGAUAAAGGCCAUCAGCUGUAUGGAGAAGACAAAACAAUCACUAUUCAGUAUUACUGCUUUACAUUUUCAGAAUGAAGCUUUCAAUGCUAAUACAGUGAUUGCUUGAAAGCUGCAGUAGCUGUUUCAAUGCAUUUUAUAUAUUUUUAGAAACCAAAAUAAAUGCAGAUAACUAUUUAGUAUAUUAUGUUAAACCAGCAGAGAUAUAAUGGCAAUAAAAUGUAUACAUGUUAUAAAUAUAUCUAUAUAUAUAUGUAUAGGGAAAGAGGAAAGAUUUUAAAAUAGGUUUACAACCAGACAUGGUAUCCGCCCAAAAUAUAAUUUCUCGUAUUCCUCUUUUUUUAUUGUAAGGUACUUGAUUAGAAGAUUUCAGUUGCUGCUGCUUUACACAGAAAAUGCCAUGUUCACUCAUUGUGAAUACAGGAAAACAGCUUUUUCGUGCUGCUUUGCUUUAAAUACAAAUCACAGUUCUGUAAUCUGUACUAUAUGUAAUUAUUCUUUUCUUUUGACUGUCAUUUCAAAAAUGUAUAUUUUCUGAUUAUUAUCAUGAAUUGUUAAUGCUAUAAAACAAAGGAUAAAUAUCUGAUAUUCUCCUAUAUAAUAAAUUCCCAUAACUAAUUGGGGCUUUAUUAUUGGUGAUUUCUUGGAAUAUAUUGCACAUUUUUUUAGUUGUAAUAAAACCUAGUGGUGACUCCAUUAAAAGAUAUCAAUUACAAAAGAUCCAUAUAUUGAUUACAAAGUCACACAAUUUUCUUUCAAUAUAAUAAUAAUAAUCAUGACUGAAGAAACAUCUUUUGCCUCUUAUUCAAAAUUAUCUUCCUUAUUGUUUAUUGCUCCAGAGGUACUUAGGAACAGUAAUCCAAGUGGUAACU